AAAACAUACAUACAUAGGCAAACAAGACGGCAGAAUCCUAAUGUCAUUUCAUAGAAGACGCAUAGAAGAUAAUAGAAGAUAAUUCGUCUUUGACUUAGUUUGAUCUGAAUGUAACAGCCAAUGGAUCCUGGUCCAGGUGCAGCUCCCAUCCAGAGCGACUGUGAGACAGAAUUGGAGACUAAAACAAACAGGUCAAGUUCACUCUGGAGCUGGUGGCCCUCCUGGCGUCCGACCUCCAUGUCCCUGUUGAAGACUACAGAGUCUAAGAUUCUUGCCUGUAUUAAGAAUGAUUUAUGGGCCAGGUUUGUGACCCUCGUCAACCAGGACCGCAUAUGGACUCUGUCUCUUACCAACAAGGGGACUCCCAAAUUUGCAGAACAAGCACCUAAAACUCCCCUGGUGAUGGUUCAUGGUUUUGGAGGAGGGGUAGGGCUGUGGAUCAGGAACUUGGACGCCCUGAGCCGCUCGCGGACCGUCUACGCCUUUGACCUUUUGGGCUUUGGCAGGAGUUCGAGGCCUAGCUUCCCUUCAGAUGCUGCCAAGGCAGAGGAGCAGUUUGUGGACUCCAUUGAGCAGUGGAGGCAGGCUGUUGGUCUGGAGAACAUGAUCCUGCUGGGGCACAGUUUGGGGGGCUACCUGGCUACCUCAUACGCAAUUCAGCACCCUUCCAGAGUGUCGCACCUUAUCUUGGUGGACCCCUGGGGUUUCCCCGAGCGAGCCAAACCAGAGACCCAGCAGAGCGAGGAUCAGGGCGUUGAGGCGGUGAAGAGGCCCACCAUUCCCAGAUGGGCAAGAGCCAUCGUCUCGAUUCUUUCUCUCUUCAACCCGCUGGCUGUUAUUAGAGCUGCAGGCCCAUGGGGCCCAGGCUUGGUGAACAGGUUCCGCCCCGAUUUCAAAAGGAAGUUCGAGGAUCUCUUUGAUGACGACACAAUGACGCAGUACAUUUACCACUGUAACGCACAGACUCCGAGUGGGGAGGUAGGUUUCCGGGCCAUGUCAGAAACGCUAGGCUGGGCUAAGAGACCAAUGCUGCAGCGAGUACAUCUUCUGCCGCCUUCCAUGCCCGUCACCAUGCUGUAUGGAGCUAGAUCCUGGGUGGACAGCUCAUCUGGGGACAGAGCAGCCGAGAUCAGGGGAAAAGCCCACACCAAAGUGCUGCUGGUAGACGACGCCUCACACCACGUCUACGCUGAUCAGCCAGACGACUUCAACAAAGUGGUAGAAAACAUAUGUAAAUCUGUAGACUGAUGGCAUGUGUGUGUCUGCAAACGACCGGAGGUUCUGCGUUGCAUCUGCACAAGUCGCCGAGGCGGACUCGGCCCCGGAGCCUGUGCAUGCGAAGCACUCUUGAGUUGUUCUGUUUUGAGGCAUUUGAAUGAAUCUGAAUGUAAUUCUGCUGUCUUUCUUUCUUUUUUAUUUAUUCCCGUAAAUAGUUCUUUUGCUCAUA